GUAUCUUUCUGUAACCAUUUUGUCUUGUAACUCAUUUCUUCACGAGGAAGUGUCAGAUGCUAAAAGAUUUGAAAAAAGAAAAGAUAGAAGAAUAAACAAACCAAUCUUUUAGCUCUCUGGGGUAUUAUUUAAAGAUGUGAUGCAUUGUUAACCUUUUCCUCCACACCCUGUACUUCAUUACAUCACUUCCCUGCUCUUUACAUUUAAAAGAUUCUAAGUGCCUUUUUUUCCUCAGUGUGUUCUUUAAAGUUUAUCUUUAAUAUUAAGGAUAAAUAUAUUCAUCUCUUUCAGAGCUGCACUUGAAGUUUUGAGAUGGGAAAAGCUUCAAGAUGGUUGAGAGGGUUGCUGGGAAUGAAGAAAGAUAAUAAGGAUAGUGCUGAUAAUUCGGGUAUGAGUGACAAGAAAGGGAAGAAAAAAUGGAGUUCUGCAAAGUCUGGGAAUGAAUCCCGGGCUGCAAAUCAGAGUCCGGUGAUUAAUCGGGCUAAUGAUGGUGUUUGGUUGAGAUCUUCGGAUAAAGAGCAGAACAAACAUGCAAUUGCUGUGGCUGCUGCUACCGCCGCAGCAGCUGAUGCUGCUGUUGCUGCGGCGCAGGCAGCAGCUGAAGUCGUUAGGCUUACUAGGCAAGGCAGACAAAAUGUGUAUGGUGGAAGCAGGGAAAGAUGGGCUGCACUAAAGAUCCAAUCUGUUUUUAGAGGUUAUUUGUCCAGAAAAGCUCUCAGAGCACUAAAAGGUCUGGUAAAAUUACAAGCUGUUGUUCGAGGUUACCUUGUUAGGAAGAGAGCCACUGCGACUCUUCGUAGUAUGCAAGCUCUUAUAAGAGCUCAGGUCACUGUUCGAGCUCAGAGGGCUCGUCGUUCUUUCAACAAAGAUCAUCCUUCUCAGCCAGAAUUUUUACACAGGAAAUCAAUUGAAAAGUUUGAGGAGCCAAGAAGUGAAUAUCCUAGUAAGAGGUUGUCAGCUUCUUAUGAAACUUCAUUUAAUACUUCUGAAGAGAGCCCAAAAAUUGUUGAGAUGGACACUUUUAAGCCGAAAUCAAGAUCAAGGAGAAUGAACUUCUCUGCCUCCGAAUCAGGGGAAGACACCUAUUAUCAUAGUAGCUCGCAGCCCCUCCCUCAUCGUCUAUUAAUCCCGGAUCAUGAACAAAUGCAAGAUUACGAAUGGGCCUUUAUUACCGACAACUAUAAGUUUUCAACAGCUCAAAGCACUCCUAGAUUUGCAAAUUCUCGCCACUCCAAUGCCCCAGCUACACCCCCCAAGAGCAUCUGUGGAGACAGUUUCUUCCGGCCAUAUUCCAACUAUCCUAGUUAUAUGGCAAACACUCAGUCCUUUAAAGCAAAAGCAAGGUCACAUAGUGCUCCUAAGCAAAGACCAGAAAUCGGGCAAAAGAAGCGGCUUUCGUUGAAUGAGAUCAUGGCGUCUAGAACUAGUUUCAGUGGUGUUAAGAUGCAUAGGCCAGUCUCACAGGGUCAGGAAGACUUGAAUUUCUGAUCUUUCUUUUAGCUUUUAAGCCUUUUGUGCUUGUUUGACAAAAUGCAUAGAUACUUCUAGUUUAGUGAAUAGUGAAUAGAAGCUGAACCAACAAGUAGACCCGGCCAUUCGGGCGGGCCGGUGCGGUUCGGGCCGGUUCAACCGGUUUUCGAACCGCCACCGGUGGAACCGUGACCGGCCCGGAUAGGCUGGCGGUCCGGUCCGUGCCGGGCCGGGCUGAAGAGAUUGGAACCGGAACCGUGUUGAGCAGGUUAUGCGGUUAAGCGGGUUAUACGGGUUACACGGUCUGCGGUUCACGGUUCAGGUGCGGCGGUUUAGACAGACUACAACCACAUACUGGUACUGCCAUAGUGGACCCGUGCUCAUUGCUCAAUGAUUGUGUUUAUUUUUGUUUUACAGUACAGACAGUGUGUGAAUGAUGAUUGGUGAAUUGGUGAUCAUUGCCUUGUGUUCUUUUUUGUUUUUUCA